ACUUUUUCAAAAACAUUUCCCCAGUUGCAAAGCUGAGCAAUAGGUGGCUUCAGGAAAAGCAGCAGAGUUGACUUCUACCAACAUGAGGGCUGCUGGAAUUCUUGUCUUCUGUCUCUUCUCCUCCAUCUUGUCAAAAGUGACAUCUCUAAAGUGUCAAAAAUGUUUUACCCUUGAAACUGAAUGUGAAGGAGAUGGUGUGAAGGUGGUGGAGUGUAAGGAAGAGGAAGAAUUUUGUUCUACUGUAGUUGCCAAUACUACUAUAACCAGUACUCCAAUGUAUGUAAUGGUCAAGGGUUGUUCAAAACAUGAGGACUGUCUUGAUGGCCUCUACACCACCUCAAUAGUAGAUGGUAGAUUUGAAGUAGCUAGAGCUAACUGUUGCCAGACUGAUGUCUGUAAUGCAGAACCGUUCCUGUUGGAAAAUUAUGAAGAGUUUCAACCAAAUGGGUUACAGUGCCCAGGCUGCUUUGCACUAGAUGAGGAUUCUUGUGAAGCCAAUCAAACUGUAAUCUGCGCUGGCAAUGAGGAUCAGUGUCUUACCAUAACUAGUACUCUAGAGGCUUUUGGAAAUUACACUGAAAAGUCCACUUACCAAGGAUGUACGACACAGAAUUUAUGUUCCUUCCCUCUAGGAUUUUCUGAGAUGGCUGAUGGGCAGAUUCGAUUCAAUGUCACCAUCCUGGAAUGCAGAAAUGCAACUUUUUCUAAACUUGAUCAUUAGUGAUACUUGGGAAGAGCCGAACCUUCUUUGCAAUUAUUGGGAAAUUCAUAAAAAAUGAGAAAGUUUGAGAUUUAAUAGUGAGAUAAGUAGAGAUUGGAAUAACAGAUGCUUUUGAUUCUUACCUAAGUCAGUUGUAGAAAGCUGGAAAUUUGGGGCAAAAAUGUUGAACUAUCAUGCUUUGAGAUCACAGCUCAAUAAAAUAUGUGUUUUCGAUCUUCAAAGUCCACAGAAUCAUCAUAAAAAUGAAUUGAUAUGACAAAGGAAUCUGCAUUCAGUAUUCUUUUUCUUUAGAAUUUAUAUAAACAAAGGCAUUCUGAAUAAAAUAGCUCUUUCUGA